UAUGGACUCACUUUAUCCACCAGGAUGGAGGAGCCUCCCACAUGCAGCUGGGUCCAGGAAAUUGUGGUUGCCUAGCAAGUUUCACAUCUACGGUGCAAAGUUUGAAGACGUGUUGCUCGGCUGCUAGCUGUGUUUGCUGUAAACUACAAACUCAGAGCAACUACUUCUAAUUACAUUUUCCCCGUCGAGGUCCAGGUGGCAACAUUGUCGGUGCAAGAUGUCCGUUGCAGGGUUAAGGAAGCAAUUUUACAAAGCGAGUCAGCUGGUGAGUGAGAAGGUUGGAGGUGCAGAGGGAACCAAACUGGAUGAAGACUUCAAGGACCUUGAGAGGAGAGCAGAUGUUACCAGCAAAGCAGUGGUGGAAGUCAUCAGUAAAACAUCAGAGUACCUCCAGCCCAACCCGGCUACAAGAGCUAAACUGUCCAUGCUCAACACAGUGUCCAAAAUGCGUGGGCAGGUCAAGAGUCCGGGCUACCCCCAGCCUGAGGGCCUCCUGGGGGAGUGCAUGACUAAGUAUGGACGGGAUAUGGGAGAGGACACCAACUUUGGUGGGGCACUAACAGACAUUGGGGAGUCGAUGAAGAGGAUGGCCGAGAUCAAAGACUCUCUGGAUAUUGAUGUGAAGCAGAACUUUAUUGACCCGCUGCAGGCGGUCGCUGAGAAGGACGUCAAAGACAUUCAGUACCACCUGAAGAAGCUAGAGGGCCGCCGUCUGGACUAUGAUUAUAAGAAGAAACGUCAAGGUAAAAUCCAAGAUGAGGAGAUCAGGCAGGCCCUGGAGAAGUUCCACGAGUCCAAAGAAAUGGCUGAAGGCUCCAUGCACAACCUGCUGGAAACCGAUGUGGAGCAGGUGAGUCAGCUGUCUUCUUUUGUCGAGUCUCUGCUGCAGUACCACAGACAGGCCACACAGGUCCUGGAGGAGCUUUCUGACAAACUAAGAGAAAGGGUGAAUGACGCUCAAUCUCGUCCAAGGCGCGAAUACACGCCCAAACCCAGACCAUCCUAUGACUAUGGAGAUGUAGAAAACUCAAACGGAGGAUACUCCCCAUCUGCAACAACCCCUCCAGCUUACUCUCCUGCACAAUAUCCAGGUCCAUCCUUCCAAAGAACCUCCAUCAAGAGCAGACGGCCUGAGCCAUGCUGUAAAGCCCUGUACGACUUUGAGCCAGAGAACGAAGGAGAGCUGGGCUUCCACGAGGGGGACAUCAUCACCUUGGUCAAUCAAAUCGAUGAGAACUGGUUUGAGGGAGCCAUUCGCGGAAAAUCGGGAUACUUCCCCAACAACUAUGUUGAGGUGGUGGUGCCUCUGCCACAGUAAAACACAGCAAGGCAAGAGGUGAACAGCACAAUGGAGAGGAUGAAAAGGGGGGAUGGUAGAGGAUGAUCAACUCUCAAUAACCAAAAUAUGUCUUUUCUUAAUUGUAAUUUAACACCAAACAUCUAAAGACAAGAACCUAAUUCGUACCUAGGAGUUACUUGAGAAAAGAUUUUUUUUUAAUACUGUCAGAUUAAAAGAUUUUUAAAAACCGUAAGGACAGGGGGAUGUUCAGUCAGAAAAAUGACAGCGUAAUGUUUAAGUAUUUACAUUCAUUCCCUAUGCACCUGUGCACUUUGUACACUACACAUCCAUCACAAGAACCGAUGAAGAAAGAUCAAGAGAGAAUGACAUCUGUAAAGACAUGUUCAGCAGUAUCCACAAACACUAAGAAGUGCGACUAGUUUAUCCUUAUAUCCUAAACCUAUUUUAUAUUCACAAAAUUACCUUUUUUUGCUGUCUUGAUGUAUUGUUCAUAUUGUUACUGCACACAUGCAUGUAAACACAUACAUUCUUCCCAGCACUGUUUUCUACACUCCAAGUUUUCACUUCUGUGCCUUCAGGCUUUAGCACUGUUGUCAGCAUGGAGCGGUUAGAGUCAACAUGGAGGAAUGGCUACCUUCUGUCUGUCUGAGACUAUCCUCCACUGCCAUCCGGUGGUCAUCUAGAGAUCAUUCUUAGCUAUUGGUACUUUCAUACGGCUUUAUUAUCUCAUACCAAAUCCACGUUGUCUUAUGUUUAGGUGUGGAUUUGUUUUUUUCUCCCUAAUAUAGAUAUGUAAAACUUUAAAAACGGCUGGAGCCAGUCAGCAUGUUUACAUUGACUGGCAGCUCUAUUCAAUGGUUUUCACCCUACCCGACUGCUGAUCAGAGAAACUGGCCUUUUUACAAACGGCGGUUCAUUGGAUACCAAACCCAUUGUGUUGUAGUUGAGUCUAAAGAGUCUAAGGGCGUCCAUAAAUGUGCUUAGUUUUAUAACCUUUAUCACACGAUUUGUUGCUACGUUGUCAAUUAUUUAAUUUACAGACAGCCCUUCCAAUGUUUCUCAGCUGAUUCCCACAUUGGAUGAGACUGACGUUUGUCAUUAAAAAAAAACCAUCAUAUUUCAUAUAGCCAGAUGUUGGCAAAUCUGCAACAUGAAGUUAAAUGUUUUUAGCCUUACGAAAAUGUUUACUUCACAUUUUU